AUUCAAAUGUAUUACAUAUCAUCAUCAUCUCUAUUUCUACUACUUUUUUCAUUUCAAUUCGUUUAUCCUCGAAUAAUAAAAACAUCCCUCGGUCGUCUAGAAGGAAAACAGUCAGGAAAAUAUCAAUUAUUCAGAAGAAUUCCAUUUGCGAAACCUCCGAUAGGAACUCUGAGAUUUCAAAAACCUGAAUCAGCGGAAAAAUGGAAUGGAGUAUGGAAUGCAACCGAAUAUGGACCCGCGUGUAUGUCCAAUUCAACAUGGACCCAGAGCCCUCAAAAAUGGGUCGAUGAAGAUUGUCUUCAUGUCAAUAUUUUUACAUCGGAUAAAUGUUUGAAAUCCAAAGAUUGUGCAGUUGUUGUUUAUAUUCACGGAGGAGAAAUAGUUUUUGACUCGGCUGUAAUGUUCAAUGACACGUUUUUACUGGAAUCAUUUGUGAAGCAGGAUGUGAUUCUUGUAAUUCCAGCAUUCCGUUUGGGAAUCUUUUCUCAUUUUACGGUUCAUGAUCAAAAUAUUGCUCCAAAUAAUUUGGCACUUUAUGAUAUCAUACUUGCUCAGGAAUUUGUGAAAUCUGAAAUUCACAACUUUGGAGGAGAUAUUCAAAAAAUAACGCUUUUUGGUCAUUCCUAUGGUGGAACAAUAGCUUCAAUGAUGGCUUUCAGCUCAGAAAUUAAUCAAGAUUUGAGUCUGUUUCAACGAAUAAUUGUUAUGUCAGCUAAUCAGUAUUUUGAUACACUUGAAGAACAAAUUGAGAGGUCUGAUCGGGUUGUCAAACAUGCAGGAUGUUCAGUUCCAACGAAUUUGGCAAGGAAAAUGAAUAGAAGUCAAAAAGAAAAGUACAUGAUGAAGUGUUUGCAAAAAUUGAGUGGAAUGGAGUUAUUAAGUGUUCAAAGAUCACUCGAAGAGGCUGGUUAUCCUGAUAUAGGCAAUCUUGUGCUUCGGGGACCUCUAUUUCCAGAUGUCACAUCAUUGGAAAUGUUAGAAUCUCCAAAAAUGAUACCAAUGCUCGCUGGGUGUACUAAAUUCGAGUCAGACGAUGAGGAUGAGACACAUUUCAUUGGAAAACAUUUUGGACUUGAAAAUCCAAUAGAGUGCGAUGAAAAAUAUAGGAAGGAUUUAGAAAAUGGAAUAUUUGACCGCCAAAAUCAUUCAGAUAAGACUCAAGCAAUCAUGGUUCCAACUAAAUUAAGAGUUGAUCAAUUGAGGAAACACGGAGUACCAGCUUAUCUCUACGAGUUCACAUAUCCCAAACACGCUUUUCAUACAGAUGAUCUAUAUUAUAUAAUGGGAAUACAUCCAUUUGAGAAAGAUGAAAAUGAAGAGCAUUUGGAGAAAGUUUACAGAAAUAUGCUCAUUAAUUUUAUAAAGUUUGGAGAACCUGGAAUGGGUUUUGAAAUGUCUGAUCUGAAUGAAUCAACAUAUUUCGAAAUUUAUUGGAACGAGACAACAGGGCAAAAGCCACGAAUGAGAAAACGAUUUGAGGAAAAUAUCACAAACUAUUGGCUCAAGGAAAUGAUGGAGUAUGAUAGAAAUAUUACGAAGGCAAAGAAGAAUCAACGCUCGAUCAAACCAGUUUUUAAAACUGAGCAAUUUUAUGUGAAGUCACUUGAGAAAAACGACGGAUCUCAUGAAUUUAUUGGUAUUAUCAUAGUUUUAAUCAUUUUCUUGGUUGGAUUUAUCGCUGGAAGAUAUUGUUGUGAAAAUGGAACCAGGAAUAUGUACAUUCGAUUAGAUGGAGAUAAUUAUGAAGUUUUGAAAUAAUUGUUCUUUAUUACAGAAUAAAAAUCGAGAAAAAUG